GAGGAAAACAGAACUCCUAAAUCAACAAUGGCUAUUCGUUUCUCUUUCCUUUUCCUAUUCUCUAUCCUCUUAACGACGUCGCUUUUGGUAGCCGUUAACGGCGACAUUAAAGGCCUCGACGACGACGAGGAUAUUUUAAUCCGUCAAGUCGUCGGCGACGAUGAUCAUCACAUGCUAAACGCCGAUCAUCACUUUACGAUUUUUAAGAAGAGGUUCGGCAAAAUGUACGCCUCCGAUGAGGAGCAUCAUUACAGAUUCUCGGUUUUUAAAGCUAACUUGCGCCGUGCAAUGCAUCACCAGAAGCUCGAUCCAUCUGCUGUUCACGGUGUGACUCAAUUUUCCGAUAUGACGCCGGACGAAUUCCGCCGGAAUUUUCUCGGCGUUAACCGCCGGUUACGGCUUCCUUCUGACGCCAAUAAAGCUCCGAUUCUUCCUACAGGUGAUCUACCGUCAGAUUUCGAUUGGAGACAGCACGGUGCCGUUACGCCAGUGAAGAACCAGGGCUCAUGCGGUUCAUGCUGGUCAUUUAGUACCACUGGUGCAUUAGAAGGUGCCAACUUUCUGGCUACAGGGAAGCUUGUUAGCCUCAGCGAGCAGCAACUUGUGGACUGUGAUCACGAGUGUGAUCCAGAAGAAAAAGGUUCAUGCGACUCUGGAUGCAGUGGUGGGCUAAUGAAUAGUGCCUUUGAAUACACUCUCAAAGCUGGUGGACUUAUGCGAGAAGAGGAUUAUCCAUACACUGGCACCGAUCGUGCUACCUGCAAAUUUGACAAGACCAAGGUUGCAGCUAAAGUUGCUAACUUUAGUGUUGUCUCCCUUGACGAAGAACAAAUUGCUGCUAAUCUUGUCAAGAAUGGCCCUCUCGCUGUGGCUAUCAAUGCUGUGUUCAUGCAGACAUAUGUUGGCGGAGUCUCGUGCCCAUAUAUAUGCUCUAAGAAGUUGGAUCAUGGUGUCUUAUUAGUGGGUUACGGUACGGGCUAUUCUCCCAUUCGAAUGAAAGAGAAACCAUACUGGAUCAUCAAGAACUCGUGGGGAGAGAAAUGGGGAGAAAAUGGAUACUACAAAAUCUGCAGAGGCCCCAAUGUUUGUGGAGUGGAUUCAAUGGUUUCAACAGUUGCAGCUGUUAGUACCAGCUCAUAGUGAAAGUUAACGUCUAUUUUUACCAACUACACUCUAUGUAAAUUAAGUGUAGCUAGUAUUAACCAGGACCCAUCAAUCAUUAUUUGGGACAUGAGAAUUGUUAUUGCUUAAAAGAAAAGACCGUAUUUCAUUA